UGACCACAGCCAUGCGCAGCUCCGUUAUGUAUAAAGUAUGCCCGUGGUACCUCCGGGACUCAGUCUAAGACACCCACCCCGACACCUGUUGGCUCUGCCUUUGUAUCACCAACCCACCCACUGCUCACGAUGUUUUCGCUGCAUAUCGGGACAUUCUUGAUCUUCUCUGCGAUGGCGCUGCUCAUCGUGGCGAGCAUAUCCGCACCGACCUUCAGCCAGAUCGACUUCCUCAGUGCUUCUUCCAAUAAUGGGGCGUCUAUCCGCUUUGGCACGUUUGGGUUCUGCGUGCUGGACGGACGGGGCGGAAAGAGUUGCACCGCAGCGCAGAUCGGGUACCGCAUUGCGAACGAAAUCUCGGCGUUGGGCAUUAGCCCGUUAAGCGGGGGCCAGGCGUCUACACUGCACGGUGCGACGCAGGCGCUCAUUCUGCAUCCCAUUGCCGCUGGCAUUGCCGGCAUUGCGUUCUUGCUGGCGCUGUGCUCCCACCGCCUCGGGUAUAUCGUCGCCGCGUUCGUCGCGUUCAUCGCGUUCAUCGUGUCGCUGGCUGCGAUGAUCGUCGACUGGGUCAUCUUUGGGAUCGUCAGGCACCAUGUUAACAGCAACGGUGGCCAAGCUUCGUUCGAGAACGCGAUCUGGAUGGUGCUUGCGGCCACGAUUGUGCUGCUGCUGGCGUCCAUCACGACCUGCUUUGCAUGUGUUACUGCGCGUCGCCGAUCUUCGACGAGGACGACGUACGGGGCAACUAUUGAUCACGACAAGGAAAGUCAUGGAAAACAUGGCAAUGACUAGGGAGAUGUGCGCAUGAUUUGUUAAUGAUAUUGUAUUCAUAAGUGUCUGUCAAUUACCUACCUACAAAUGGACGUUUAAAAACGACGAAUCGGCGUACCUCUGUGCGA